AUGCAAGAGACAGACUUGCAAACAAUACAAGAAAUUUUACCUAGUGCCUCUGCCAGUGACAUCGAAUCUGCACUGUCGUAUGUAAAUGGGGAUGUUGCAGAAGCAGUGCAACAUCUUUUACCAGGUAAGGGUUUUGCUAUGGAAAUUUGUGAGUGGAAUACGAGUAAAUUGAUUUAACAUUACUGCAUGUGCAGUUAAUAGUUAUUGCGUACCAUACUGUGUGCCGGGAUCACGGGAGUGGUGCGACUAUCACGUUCGUAAAAUGCUGUAUCAAGCAAUAUCUCUAGGGAUACAGUAAGAGCUUUACGGUUUAGUAUUAUACGCGGGGUCGGGGGGCUACGGGGUAUUGGGUGCGGUAUAGAUCGAAAAUUUGGGGUGCGGUAGAAAUCGAAAUAAUCUGAAUAGAACUUGGCUCGCCAACAAGCUUUAUGCAAUAGAAGAAAAAAGCAAGGAGGUACAUGUAGCCAACGUGUACCGUCACGGACCUUGUCUUUGUUUGCUGUACAACGCCGUUGUCAAUGGUGCAAACUCGUGUUCAGUGCAACGAUAACUCUACCAGAUCUUACGAGAACAAUCUGUAGUAAUCUGUACACAGAACUGUAUCAAAGCUUGUCAAAACUGCUUUAAAUUAAACACUAAACAAAGCCUCUGGCUCUGAUUGGCAGUUAAAUCAAACCAGCCAAUCAAAUGCCCAGUUUACAAACCUGGUUGUGAAUUUCAUUAUGAACUUUUGAACUUGGCAACGAAUUUGCGAAGUUGGGAACGAAGUUCGGACUCUUAUGAUGAAAAGUCAGCUGAAAUUGACUGUAAUGAUGUAACGACGUAGUGCUUAUUAUUCAUAACAUAUCUAUACAGCUAUUUCAAUUAUAGUUUUAGAUAAAUUUAGCAUAGCAGUAGCCUCGUGGGGAUGCUUUUAGCGACAGCUGCAAAUGCAAAUGAAAAUUUAGAAUAUGCAAAAUUUGGUUGUUGGUGAAACAAUUUAAAUUUCGAAUUGUCGCGUGUAGCAUCACAAUAAAUAGAUAAAUUGCAUUAGUUUCACAAGGCACGUUUCGGGUGUGUUAGGCUUGUUUCAAACGUCGUGCUACUUGUGUACCGAGCGUAUUAAAAGCAAUAAAUAAUGAGAUGAAAUGCCUUUGGUAACUGUUUAUUUCGUAGUGUAAGCCAUCAGCUUUUCUAGGUUGUCGGUGACCCUAUAUAGUUCUUGCAGUGUCUUUUUCAAUUUCAAACUUCACACUAUCCUUGGAUCCCUGGUUUUUCUGAUUGUAUCUCAUUUUGUUUAUUUUUAUAUAAACAUAUAUUUCAAUCAUCGCAUGUGUUUACCACAUGAGCUAUGGUUAAACUCGCCGCGAGGACGUACGUAUUUAUUUACAAUGUACACUGGAGGUUUAAGAAAAUAAAAAAACACACAACAAUUAAAAAACGGGGGAGACACGUUGACAAUUCGUGUUACUUAUCUAGCUGUUCCUAUCGGUCAUAUGGUUUUAAUAAUUGUGUGACUUAAGUGCAGUAUACACUUUUUAUCAUAUUAUUAUCAGUAAAUGUUAUGUGAAUAAAUUUAAUACAUGUACUGUACUUCAUGAAGUAGAGUAUUGCCGGUCAGUUUCAUUGCGUGCGUAUAAUGCAAGACAGCAUGUCGCAUGGUUUUUGGAUUUUCAAAAAUAAUAUGUAUUUGGCUAGUUUCCCUUAGAAAAUGUUAUUAAAGUGAGUUAAACCAUCAUUUGUUUUAUUUUACCUGCUAAGAUAUGUCGAAGAAGAAUCCAUGUAACAUACUGUAAACAUAGCAUAAUUUAUUUAAAUGCGAAACUAUUUAUAAUAAACAAAGAAUUUUCAAUUAAGAGACAGCGUAUCUACUGUGCUUGUUUAUUUUACUAUGACUGUCUUUUGUAUCUUUUAUAUUUUUUGAUCAGAUAUAGUUAAUGUUGACGAAUGGCAAGACAAUGAUGAUGAUAAUCAGUUAUUGAUUCCUGCAUUUGGAGAUGUCGAGGAGAUAACUUCGCCCAAGGCCACUAUGAAACUGUUUAGAAAAGAAAACAUUGAUGAGGACAAACCUCAGCAAAGGUUAUCUGUAAGCAGAAUGGAUGGGCUUGACCAGCUCAAGAAGGAUGUCAUCGGAGUAUACAAGAACCCAAGCACCAAACUUAAAGUGGGGCUUAGAGUUUGCUUUGAAGAAGAAGAUGCGGUUGGCAAUGGUCCCGUUAGAGAAUUUCUAACAAUCGCAGUUAACAUUAUAGACGAAGGCUUAAGUUCGUCAGGUUCAAAAAAACUAUUAUUCUUUGAAGGUCAAGUGGACCAUCGCCUUCCUGUCCAUAACCAGUCAUUGCGGGUAACUGGUACAUUUAAAACCCUUGGAAAAAUACUGGGUCACUCUGUACUUCAUGGUGGUCCAGGUUUGCACGGUGUGUCGCCAGCAGUGAAAUGUUACAUGGAAUCUGAUAGGAGUACGGCUUGCUCGCAAUCAUUGCCUGUCACUCUCGAAGACGUGCCUGACCUGGACUUGAGGCAGAUGAUAGCAGAGGUACAAAGAUGCAGGGCUGCUUAUCCACAAUGUACUGUAGCUUGAAUAUAACUAUGCAAACCAAAUUAUUUUGUCUUGCCCAUAUAACCUUUUUUCAAUGUUAUUAGCCUGCGAACAGGCUCACUGGGAGAAAGGUGAGCCUGCACGGAACCAUGCGUUUUAUUCAAUCAUCCCCUUUUCGCAUCUGCUUAACGUUAACCAAUCAGCGUCGACUGCGAUAAAUAAACUGUCAACUGUCAAAUUGACGCAAGGCUUGUACAUUGUGCAACAUGAACAAUAAUACAAAGCAUUAGCGGGCCGCACAAUAUAUUACUCGGAAAAAUAUAGAAUUCUUCAAGUAUUAAAUAGAUAUCAAUACACAUACAAAUAUAAAGCCGAAUAAACUACCAUUGGCUUUGAAUGUACAGUAAUACUUGUACUAUGUGCGACUGAAAGAACAAUGUUCUGAAUAUUUUAAAGCUAUUACUAAAAUACGGUCAGAUAGAUUGGGAUUUGGAAUACCGAAUACGUUUAAAAUUUUACUAACUGUGGUCUAAAUAAAUGAUAAAUGAGCAUGUAUUUAUUAAUUUCUUCGAAAUCACGAGUGUGCCAAUAGUGGAAGCCGUAUCGACGACGAAAUUGUCAGCAGUUAAUAUACAGUAAAUAGUACAACGUUUAAUGUACGAUAUAUAUUUAUCUAAAUGACAUGCCAGCGAGGAUCAACAAUAUAAUUAUUCAUACAUAUUUGGGUAUCUUUUGUGUGCCUUCGCUUGCUGACUUGCUCACUAAUGAGAAUAAUCCGUGAAGCCACGACGACCUCAAAAUGAACUAUACUAUAGUCUGAUGUCAAUCCGAAGACGAAGUUCAGAAUACUGUUAUAGUUUCGUAUAUUGGAUUUAAGCCAUAGAUUCAAGUAAUUUAUGAUAGACUUUUUUGCUGUGAUGCUUUGCUAUUGCUUUUGGUUUCCAUUUCUAGUUUUAUUUGUUCGAUAGUCCUAUAAUAUAUAAUAUUAAAAUGAACAAAGUUCAAAUUCUUCAAAACGCUGUUGUUGACAUUUGCUAUUUUUAGUAAUUUUGUCAACGAGUGUAAGCCAAUCAGAAGCCUGCAUUUCUAUACGAACGCCACUACCAAGAAAACCUAUAGUUCCGUGCAGGCCCUCUAUUCUUCGCGCCGCCCGCAACCCAGGGCCUGUUCGCAGGCUACAAUGUUAUAAGAUUUAAUUUUGUUUUAUAUUUUGAAAACGUUGUUGUAUAGUUUGAAAAUGAAGUCAAUAACCUUAGAGCGCUUAUCUCUAUUUGGCGGGAUAUAACCGAUUUGCUUUUUACAGACGUUAUAUUUUCUAAGUCGUUCGCUGGCUUUUACUUCGUGUUUAUAUAUAUUUUUUUAUUAAGUGCUGCUCUUCCUUUUCAUUAAAGGAAAUAAAACGUACGUUUGUUUGUGGUUUAUUCAGUUUAUUCAGUUUAUUCGGACUCUCAACAACAAUAUAUUUGAUAAAAGCCAUAUAGUAUAACCGUGGUACAACUGCAUGAAUAUGUCGAUACCGCUAUUACAUGUGGUGGCCAAAUUUUAUUUACCUGCCAAAAAGUAGCACUGAUUGAUUCAAUAAUCGCACAGGUGUGAUUAUCAGUUUUGUUACUUGUGGAACAUUAAAUAUAAGACACUGUUUAUUGUAACAUAAAUGUUUGUAUUUUAUGCUAUAUAGUUGGAUGCUUUACCAAAUGACCAAAUAGUCGAAACAGAUUUGAAAUGCUCCUUAGAACCAUACCUGUACGAGGCUGGACUGGAUCCAGAUGAGUUGCAUUCUGGCAGGAAGAUCGUCAUUGACGGACUCAUUAUGUACCAGGUCAUUGAUAAAAGGAGACUUGAAUUGGACGAAUUAGCUAAAGGUACAUUUUACAUAAUUUUUCUCGUGAAUGACAAUAUAAUAUUUACACAGUCUGGCAAUCCAAAAACUAAGUCGCCGUAUUGA